ACGAUCACACACAGAGAGACAGUGACGGAGAGGCAAAUUGCAACUAACAACAACCGAAGCAUUCAGAGCUUCUUACAGGAUGUAACAUUUUAAGAAUUUAUUUUAGUCCUGCUCAGCUUCAGCAGGGGAGAAUGGAGAUCAGAAUAGAGUGAUGCUCUGGAUUUGGAUUCAGGCUUUUUCAGGGACUCCUUUGCAGAAUAACUGAUCCUUCUGAUUGUGACUGGUUGAAAAUGAGGAAGGCAGUACUGCUGGUGUGGAUCGGCCUUUUGGUGCAAGUGUCCCAUUGUGCUCAGGGUCAGUUUGCCCGAAAACUUCUGGCUGACCUGAUGGAGGACUACUCCAGUGCUUUGAGGCCAGUGGAUGAAACAGACAAAGCCCUCAAUGUCUCCCUGCAGAUCACGCUGUCACAGAUCAAAGAUAUGGAUGAGAGGAACCAGGUGUUAACCACGUACCUGUGGAUAAGGCUGGUCUGGCAUGACGCCUACCUGAAGUGGAACAAGGAGGACUAUGACAACCUUGAGAUGAUAAAUAUCCCCAGCGACCUGGUUUGGAAGCCAGAUAUCGUACUCUACAAUAAGGCAGAUGAGGACUCUUCAGGUGCAUCCAGCACUAAUGUGAAGCUGCGGUAUAAUGGAGAGAUCGUCUGGGACUCUCCAGCCAUCACAAAGAGCACAUGUGUGGUGGAUGUCUCCUACUUCCCCUUCGACUGGCAGCAAUGCAAACUCACCUUUGGCUCCUGGACCUACAAUGGCAACCAGGUGGACAUCAGUUUGGGGAUGGACAGUGGGGACCUGUCUGACUUUGUGGAGAACGUAGAGUGGGAGUGUCACGGCAUGCCGGCAGUUAGAAACGUCAUGAUAUACGGCUGCUGCUCUGACCCUUACACUGAAAUCACCUAUACCCUGCUCCUGAAGCGCCGCUCCUCUUUUUACAUCUUCAACUUGCUCCUGCCCUGCUUCCUCAUCUCGUUCCUGGCCCCGCUGGGCUUCUACUUGCCGGCCGACUCUGGGGAGAAGGUUUCCCUCGGUGUCACAGUGCUGCUGGCGCUCACUGUGUUCCAGUUGUUGGUGGCUGAGAGCAUGCCUCCUGCAGAGAGCAUGCCCUAUAUAGGGAAGUACUACAUAGCCACAAUGACUAUGAUCACGGCCUCCACCUCUCUUACCAUCUUUAUCAUGAACAUUCAUUUCUGUGGUGCGGAGGCCAAGCCUGUCCCUCACUGGGCUAAGGUGCUCAUCAUAGACUACAUGUCUAAAAUCUUCUUCGUCUAUGAGGUGGGGGAGAACUGCACCACGGCGGAGAGUGAGAGGACCCUGCUGUACCCCGAGGAACCUGUGAACGAUAAGUGCAGCUACAUCGAUGACCAUUUUCAUGACUAUCAUCACGACAGCGAUCCGUACAAGUACAACAACAGCCACGGUGUGCAUCAUCACAAAGGCCAGGCAAACGGCAACACCAACAAUAGCCGUCACCAUUACAACCACGCUUCCAGACUGGAGAGUGGCGAGGGGAAGCGAGACCCCAGACAGCACUACUACCACAUCAGGAGGGAUGAACUGGACUACCAGGUCCCCCACCAUCCACAAAACCUCCAGCACCUGAAUGGAGGACAGAAGGAUCAGGUCCUUUAUCCCACAAAGAAACUUCAAGUCCCAGCCUGCCCCGGCUGCUGCCCCUGCCUCCAACAUAAACAGGUGGUGAAGAACAUCCAGUACAUCACCAACUGCUUCCGCGAGCAGAAAGCCAAUUGUGUCAAGGCAGCAGAGUGGAAGAAGGUUGCAAAGGUGAUGGAUAGGUUUUUCAUGUGGAUCUUCUUCAUCAUGGUGUUCCUCAUGAGCAUCCUCAUCAUCGCCAAGGCAUCCUGACAGCUUCCUUCCUCAUCAUCUUUGUACCACCAUGAUAACAUUUAUCUUCCAUCACUGAUGGACCUCAGGCAUUACCCAUGAUUCACCUCAUUUUUACUUUAAUGCAACAAAUGAAGACUAUUUUAUAUGUGUGUCAGUAUUGUAGUGUGUGUGUGUGUGUGUGUGUGUGUGUGUGGGGGGGCGGUUGUGCUGCUUCAUUGUUGUUUUGUGCUUUGACAUAAAGAGGACAAGGUCACUGCACACAAAUUAUCCGUUUAAUCACACACGCACACAAGCACAGAAAUUCAUCAAAGCCUCCCGGUUAGUUAACGUCAGGUUUGCUUGCAUGUGUGACGGAGCAGUAGAGCGGUAAGACAAUCUAAGCCUUGCCUUGAACAUGCAUGGGCUCUCCAUUAUGGAUUAGCUUACAGCCUGACAUCCAGCUAUAGGCAUUACGUUACAUACAUUACGUUUUAGGCGACCAGAUGAGGCUAUUUUCCGUUACAAUAAGAGCACCAGCAGAUUCACCUUAAAUACUUAUGAAACAACCUUUUGGUGUUUUUUCUGGUCUAGGUGUCAAGAAAUUGGUUUACAUAAAUUGUGAAAUGCUUCUUUGUGAAACUUGAAGAAAAAGCAUGAAUUAUUACCUUUCUUAGUAACUUUUUAAUGUGAUGUUUGGACUUUAAAGGCUUCCUCCAGAGCGUGAAUGGUGGAUGUGCUGUACCUUUUGUCUAACUUAGGCCUUGCUUAUUGGUCCAGUAAAGAAUAAAACCUGUGAUGACCUGUUGUUAAACAUGGUUUUACUCCCUGUCCCUGCAGUUUGCGUUAUGGUAUAAAUCUAAUUUGCUAUGCAUAAUGUA